CAUGAAGCGACGGAGGAUGAACAAGCUGUACAUCGGGAACCUCAGCCCCGCCGCCACCGCCGACGACCUCAAGCAGCUUUUCGGGGAGAGGAAGCUGCCCCUGGCCGGCCAGGUCCUGCUCAAGUCGGGCUACGCCUUCGUGGAUUACCCGGACCAAAACUGGGCCAUCCGGGCGAUCGAGACCCUCUCGGGGAAAGUGGAGCUGCACGGCAAAGUGAUGGAGGUGGAUUACUCCGUGCCCAAAAAGCUGAGGAGCAGGAAGAUCCAGAUCCGAAACAUCCCCCCCCACCUGCAGUGGGAGGUGCUGGAUGGCCUGUUAGCUCAGUAUGGGACGGUGGAGAACGUAGAGCAAGUCAACACAGACACAGAAACAGCCGUUGUCAACGUAACGUAUGCAACUAAAGAAGAAGCAAAAGUAGCAAUUGAGAAGCUGAGCGGCCACCAGUUUGAGAACUAUUCCUUCAAGAUUUCCUACAUCCCGGAUGAAGAGGUGAGCUCCCCUCCGCCCCCUCAGCGAUCCCGCCGCGGGGGCCACUCUUCCAGGGAGCGGGGCUCCUCCCCGGGGGGCUCCUCACAGCCCAAACAGCUCGAUUUCCCACUGCGGAUGCUGGUGCCUACGCAGUUUGUUGGUGCGAUCAUAGGAAAGGAGGGCUUGACCAUAAAGAACCUUACUAAGCAAACCCAGUCCAAGGUUGACAUCCAUCGGAAGGAGAAUGCUGGUGCCGCUGAAAAGCCCAUCACCAUCCAUGCCACACCAGAGGGGUGCUCCGAAGCGUGUCGCAUGAUCCUUGAUAUCAUGCAGAAGGAGGCUGAUGAAACUAAAUCAGCAGAAGAGAUUCCCUUGAAAAUCUUAGCACACAACAGUCUGGUGGGGAGGUUGAUUGGCAAGGAGGGCCGCAACCUCAAGAAGAUCGAGCAGGACACCGGCACGAAGAUCACCAUCUCCCCUUUGCAGGAUUUAACCAUUUAUAACCCCGAGCGGACCAUCACGGUGAAGGGCAGCACAGAGGCGUGCUCCAAUGCCGAAGUGGAGAUCAUGAAGAAGUUGCGAGAGGCUUAUGAGAACGAUGUGGUGGCCGUCAAUCAACAAGCCAACCUGAUCCCUGGGCUGAACCUCAGUGCUUUGGGCAUCUUCUCGACGGGACUGUCCAUGCUUCCAUCCACGCCGGGGGCCCGAGGGGCUGCGGCGGCCGCCCCGUACCACCCAUUUGCACAGCAGAGCGGUCGGAGGAGAACGAGCUCCUCAGCGUAUCUCUCGGGUCUGUACGGAACCCCCCCACCUGGCACCUUCCCCCAUCAGCACCCUCUGCCAGAGCAGGAGGUUGUGAACUUGUUCAUCCCGACGCAGGCGGUGGGGGCCAUCAUCGGGAAGAAGGGACAACACAUCAAGCAGCUGGCACGGUUUGCGGGUGCUUCCAUCAAGAUUGCCCCGGCAGAAGGUCCCGAUGCCAGCGAGCGGAUGGUCAUCAUCACGGGGCCACCUGAGGCUCAGUUCAAGGCCCAGGGGCGAAUAUUUGGGAAGCUGAAAGAGGAAAAUUUCUUUAACCCGAAAGAAGAAGUGAAGCUUGAAGCCCACAUCAAGGUGCCUUCCUUCGCCGCCGGCCGCGUGAUAGGCAAAGGUGGCAAGACGGUGAACGAGCUACAAAACUUAACUAGCGCAGAAGUCAUUGUGCCGCGAGACCAAACGCCGGAUGAGAACGAGGAGGUCAUCGUUAAAAUCAUUGGGCAUUUCUUUGCCAGUCAGACUGCACAGCGCAAGAUCAGGGAAAUCGUACACCAGGUGAAGCAGCAGGAGCAGAAACACGCUCAGGGAGCCCCGGCCUCGCAGCACAGCAAGUGAGGCUCCCGCCGUGCCGGCCAGCACCGCCUGAUGAAUGUAACCCCACUGCCGCCGCCGCCGGACCCCCCAGCAGGUCAGGGGAGCAAACCAAAGACCCCACCCCGAGCCCGCUCCCCGCGGCCGGGGUGCUGUGAGGAUGCGCAGUGGAGGGGUACGGGGAGGGCUCUCUCCAUCCCACAGCCUCCCCGUUACUCCGUGGCCUCCUGACGCUAUCCCUUUAGUUGGACUAACAUAGGCAGAGAGAGAGAAUUUUUUUUAUUAUUUUUAAUUUUUAAUUUCCUAAAAGCCGCCCGUUUCAUCCAGGCACGGCUGAAGGAGCUCACCCGGCGUGGGGGGGC